ACGAAGAGAGAGAGGGAGAGAGAGAGAGAUGGCGAGCAGCGAGUUGCAGAGCUUGCUGGAAGCCAUAACAUCUUCAGAUGUCGUUGAGAACCGGGUUCAACUGCUCACAAAACUUGAGGGGUUGGAUUUAUCUUACAGAUCUGAUUUAUCAUGUAUGAUACGGUCCCUCUCAAUAUUCUGGGAAGACUUUACUUGUCUGGACAUUUCCCAGUGCAUGCUAAACAAAACUAUUUUGCAUGUAGCUGCAAGGUACCUAGAUUCAGACAUAUCAGGAUGUUUGGGGAACUUUUUCUCCCUUGGAGUCAAGGCAACUAUAUGGUGUGGAAAACAUUUGAAGAUGACACUUAUAUCAAGUCAGGAGUCCCAAGAAGAAGAGCAUUCCAACCUCUUUUAUCAGUUGCUUUUGGAUCUUUUGAGGUACUCUGCUGCUUGCUUUUCUGCUUUGGCAAGAUAUCCUAUUCUGGACAACAAGGAGCUGGUGGUUAUUGUUGAGAAAUUCACUGUUGAACAAUUGAGUCUGACAAAGGAUUCAGUAUCAGAGAUCAAGAGACUUAAUUCAUAUGGCUUGGAAGUACUCAAGGUGUCCCAGCUGGUCCUUGAUGCUGUCAUACGGCUAUGCAAGGUGCAUGCAAAAGCUGUAAACUUGGAUUUACUUGAUGCAAGAACUGAGCAUGAUGAGAACAGCAUGGACUGUGAAAAGGCUGAUAGUGUGAAUCAUAUUGUUAAUAUCAUAAAAUGCACUAUUAAACAAUUGUGUGAAUUGGGUGUUCUUGCAGCCAAUGAUGGUGGGAGUCUUGUGACAAUUCUCAAUUCGUCAUGGAAGGGUGUUGUUACCUUGCUUCAACUUGGCAAAGGUGCUUUGGCAAGAACGUUGAAUGUCUCAGAUAUCAUUCUGACUCUAAUUUCACUGGCAAAUGAAUCUUUGAGAUGUGCAGCUGAGACUUGGUCGGCUUUGCCAAUGGAAACGGUUUCUGUGUCAGAAGCUAAAAGGAUAUUUCUUCCUGUAAAAUUUUAUCUGAUUAAUGCAGUAAGAAUAUCCUCCCAAUAUCCAUGUCAAGCAUUUUCAGUUUACAAGGAAAUAUCGCUCUGUGUCCUGACAAUCUCAGCAUUUAGAAUCUUGCUGAGCAAGGAAGAAGUUUUGAAAUCAGCAAGUGAAGUACUGGUGGAACUUUUGGAUCCUAUAUCCUUUCAUUUACUUAAUUCUUUACUAAAUUCAGCUCAACUGAAACAAGAGGGUAAACUCCUUAUUCUGGACUGGUUGUUCCAUGAAGACAAUGAUUUAAAUCUUAUCUCUGAAGAUCUGAGCAAUGGGCAAAGGAUGAUUAAGAUGAACACAAUCUUCUCUCUGAGCAGUGAUGAUAUGAAUGGGGCAAGGAUAUUAUUGCUCAGCCGGGUUGUCUUAUUUCUUAAUCUUCUGAAAAGUGCUUCUGAUCUCGAAGAAGAUGCAAGACUUGGGAUUGCUAGAAAGCUUGGGUGGCUUUUGAAGGUUAUAGUUGAUGAAGAGAUAUACUCUUUUUGUCUUUCUUUUCAAAUUCCUGUGCCAUAUGGUUCUGAUAAAGCCCCAGAGUUAGCUUAUCAGCCUAUGUUCCCUUUUAUUCUGCAUGCACUCAAAACCUUCAUGAUUGUUGUCUCUUCAAGUCCAGCUUGGAGGGAAAUGGAGUCUUUUCUGCUCGAAAAUUUCUUUCAUCCGCACUUUCUUUGUUGGGAGAUUGUUAUGGAACUUUGGUGCUUCCUUGUGUGUCAUGCAGAGCUAGACAUGAUAAAUGACAUUCUUGAGAAUCUUUGUUCAUUAUUAAUGUCUGAGGCAUCUUCACAAUCAGUCCUUGUUCCUGGUAGUGCUCUGAGAAAAAUUGCAAGAUCAAUUUGCGUGCUUCUUGCAUAUGUUUCACAGACAACAACGGUAGACAAAGUCUACAAUAUGAUUGCUGGCAGUAGCAGAUCGCAAUUGUCAUCUACUGUGUUGGUAGCCUUGCUCAUGGAAGGGUUCCCACUGAGUUUACUUUCAGAGAAGAUGAAAAGUAAUAUUACACAGAGAAUUUUAACUGAAUAUUUUGAGUUCAUUGAUAGAUUUGGCGAUGCAUCAUUGAAAGGAAGUGAUUCCAAUGUGCUUGGGGCACCAGUCUUUGCUCUGUCUGCUGCUGUGCAGUCUCUCCAGGUCAGCACAGCUGAUAUCAAUACAAAAACCCUGAGGUUUCUAGUUGCUGUCAUCCAUAACUACAGAAACACAGCAGAAAACUCGGUGAAGCACCGCCAUCGCAGGCUUCUGAUUGAAACCUUAGGCAUAAUCUCAAAUGCGAAGCACCUAUAUGCAUCUGAUGGGAUGGAAGAAGUCAUUUUGGAGCUUCAAAAUCUUUUUAUCUCUGGGCCAGCAGUUUCAGAUGCACAGUUCUAUCAAUGCAAACCAAAUCUAGCCACUUUCAUGGCUGGCCUUGGCCACAUGGAAUUGACAGAAGAGGAUAGUUGUGCGAAAAGCUCAGCUGUGUGGGAGUUGUAUCAUCUGUUAUUGAGAGAGCAGCACUGGGCAUUUGUUCACUUGGGAAUCACAGCCUUUGGAUAUUUCGCUGCUCGAACUUCUUGCAAUCAGCUCUGGAGAUUUGUGCCACCGAAUGCAGCUCUGUCAUAUGAUUUGGUGUCGGGGACUGAUGCAAAUGAGGAGAGGUUCUUGAAUGAGUUGAAGGCAUUCCUGGAGAAGGAAACAGCUCUUCUCUCAACGACAGCUAGCCCAGAACAGUUCCAUUUUCUCGUAAAGGAAGGAUCGAUGCUAAGACAGAAGGUUGUUCAAAAACAUCGAAACAUUGAUAAGGUCUGUAUGGGGCAUGAGACCAUGGAGAUUGAUGCCCAAAACCAGGCCAAUAAAAGAAGAAAACUUCCUCAUGGAGUCAGCCAAGGGGUGGCACUGCUGCAGAGUGGUCUGAAAACUAUCGGUGAGGGUCUUUCUCAGAUGCAACUUAAUCAAUUUGGUUAUGGUGCUGAGCUUCAUGACAAGUUCAUGACUCACUUCUCACACCUCGAGGAAGUGAUUGGCCAUUUAGCUGGUCUAGCUGGGGAGCCUUCUUCAGACAUGCUAACCAACUGAAGAAUGAUAGUUCGAUAUUGUACAGUUAGUUCCAUAUAUAAAAUGACCGGUAGUAUUACUGAGGUAGGUUUUGGUACUGCAAUGUGACCCAACAGGCUUGGAAUUGCUAAUGGCUUUAUUGGCUUCUGGGUUGGAAUUGGUAAUGGCUUGAUUGGCUAACAGAAGUCAACCAUGUCAUGUAGCCAACAAAGUAUAACUGGCAGAGAUAUGGAAACCUAAAGAUUAACGGAAAAGGAAGGCAUUAGCAUUCUGCGUUAAUGGUUAGAUACUCAUCAAUGAUUAUUUCCAUCCAUCACGGUGAAUAAUCAUUUGUGAUUGGAUAUAUCUGAACGUCACUUUGAGAAUCCUAGUAAUAUUUUUUCGAUGAAUAAUUAAAAAUUAAUAAUAAAUUAAAAAUAAAUAUAAUAUGAAACGAAAAUAAAAAAUAAAUAUGAUACAAAAGGAAAAUAGAAAAAUAAUUUUUUUCAAAAAAAAAAAAAGAAACGAAAAUGUAGAAAAACA